CUUUUAUUAGAAAUUAUUGGAAAUUAAUAUAACUAGAUUCUUUUAGACCUAAAAUGAAAAUGAAUGUUUGUGAAGUGGAAUUUGUUUAUACAUGUAGGAAGCCAUUCCAAAGUCAUCUGGUGUCGGCUUUCAAAUUUCGAUCAAAGUCCAUUUGAAAUCGAUUUUGCUCGUUAAGCACUUUUUGUACUUUGAAAUUAGAACAUAUCUUUUUUAAAAGAUACUUAAAAGUAUUUUUUUUCCAAUUAACUUGCUAAAUAGUGAACCAACUGAAGUACGCCGGCUCCUAAAAAAAUCAUUUAAACUCUAGGUUUCUAGGCUCAAAAUUCGACCGUUUUUUACGGUUUUGCUCAAAACUCAUAUUUUUUACUGCUUUUUUCCAUAGUUAAUGRAGCGGAAUGGUUUGGAAACUCCAUAGAACAAAGCUAUUGUUUUGCGUUUGAUGUGGAAUCGUGCCAUCAAGUGAUACUGACCGUGCACAAUGAACCAAAACAAGUAUUGCUAAAAAUAAUCAUUUCCUUAUUAUUUUCAUGUAUGAACAUUUUGAAAGUGAAAACUUUUAUGCGAUGACCAUAUACUAUGCGAAUAAAUAUGUCCGCGCAAAUACAGUUAAGAAAGCAUCAAAAAGGGCCAUUUUUAUUUUCGAUAAACGAUUGAUAUUUAAAUCAUAUAGGAUUAAUUAACAAAUGAUACAUAUUUUAGAACGAUUUUUUAGGGGAAAAAACUUCUAUAUUCCCGAAUAUUUGUGAACAAAUGGAGCAACUUUUCCUUCACUGUGCACGGUCAACGUCAUAUAAAAAUGGAUAAACAAUAGGUUUCCCAACCAUGCCACUCCAUUAACUAUGUUUUUUCCAAGAAUUCCGUGUUGUCACCUUUUUUUCAUGUGACUGUUAUUAGACCACGCUGUUCAAUACGAUCCUUGGGGGUUUCCCCUUAGGCUAAACCUGUUUAUAUCAAGAUUAGUAUAAACAGUUUUGACCUCAAAAUCGCUGUCGUCUAAAAAGCAAACACAUUCGCCAUAAAAUUCUUUGAAAAUUCCUUCGAAAUGCCUCCACAUCGACGACUUACCAGAAGAGAGUUGAAUUAUUUUCGGAUGAUUUAUAUCGUGGUAAAAAUCUUUCCGAAAAUUUUAGUUCAGUUCUUCAAAACGGAAUGGAAAAGGUGUACUUCGUUGACGUGGAAUGACGACCCACAUAGUGGAAGCGAAUUUUGGAAGAGGGAAUAUACUGGAAGUAGAUAUAGUACGAUAAAUGACACCAUAAGUAAAGGUAAUUCCUCGGAGUUCGACAGCACUGUCUUGUUUUAUCUUAUUUUAAAUUCUCGUUCCGUUGGCCAACGUCUUCGUCUUCACAGUCCAGCUAUUUAUUUCCAAAUAACCCAGCUUCGUAAGAUUAGAAAUGAAGUCGUUCAUCGCUACAACUUUAAAGUACCAACUAGGGAGUUCGAUUCCCUUUGUGAUAAAGUUCGUGGAUGUUUUAGAAGAUUGCGAUUCCCUACUGAGGAACUAAACGCUGUAAAAACAACAGUUUGUUUGUAUCACGAGGAAUUAGAGAGCUUAAGAAAAAAAUUCGAAAGAGAAAAACAACGGCUAAUAGACUACGAAGACUACUUUACCUGGAGAAAUUCUAGAUUUGAGGAGUUUUUUCAGAAGUACCAACAGCAGAGAAUAAGUCCCUCUGAACUGAGGAGGAAGGGAAUUCUCUCUGACCAAGAUGUUGAAAAAAUUGAAAACCAGAAAGACGAAAAACUCCAAAGCACUAUGAUAGUUGAUAUUGUUCUCUUCAAAGGCGAAAGAACCACCUCUGCAUUUCUUAAUAUUUUACAACAAACUGGCAAUGGAUUGGAAGAAUCAUUCGUCAAUGCCUUGCCUCCUGAGAACCUUAGUAGCGUUACCACUGUCUCACCGGACUUCAUGCAAAAAGCAAGUUGCCAGUAUCCUAAGAACUACACAAUCAUCAUGCUUGAUUUCACUAAGUAUAUCUAUUCUAUGGACUGGGACGCUAUGGAUCAGAGAGGGCAGACAUUUCUAGAACAAUCUGAGGAUUGGUCGGUGAAGUUGUUCGUUAUGAUCGAACUAGCAUAUGGAUACAAUGUCCGUGGGGAAAGUGAAAGAGCGAUCGCUCUUCUGGACGAGGUGACGCAGAAUGCCUUCAGGGCAGGGCCACACUCUACACGUAUUCUCUCCCGCGCCUGCUCGCGAAAAUCCUUACACUAUAUCCACGUGCAUCGGUUAGAGAUGGCAGAAACUUACGCCUCCGAGGCAAACUCUCUCAUCUCAAACUUCCAAAGUCCGGAAGAGCAAAUUGUCGGUCUUAAGAGACUAACUGAUUGUAUUCUCUACGAGGAUGGGUCAGUCGAGAAGCGGAGAAAAAAAUCGUUGCCUAUUUAUGAAACGAUUAUUGAAAUGUGUCGACGGUAUAUUGAAGAUAUCCCACGCUGUGGUUAUUACCUUCGAUUUAUCUAUCACGACAUGGCUAGGCUCUGUCUUGGUUUCACUAGACAUGGCUUCGUUGAGACCACACUAAAGGAGAUAGAGGAGGGAGAGAAGUACAUCAAGCGCCUUGAAGAACCGGACCUAAGAACCAACGAUGGAAGUACGUACACGGAUGGAUUUCGUUUUAUCUGUAAGAGCAUAGCAGCAUUCAAAAGGGGAAAACUGCUCGAAAAUGGGCAGGAAAGAAAAAAGUUGUGGAAUGAAGGGUUUGAGCAUAAACGCAAGGCAACAAGGAUUUGUAACUCGUUGAACAAUGACAAUAACGAGGCUAUGUUUAUGCUGAAGUCACUUAAUGAUUAUGUAAGCAAAUGGAAUAUAAUGUGAGUAUCCCAAGUGUUUAGCAUUUGAUGAAGACAUGUUCAACUAAUUUGACAAAUAAAAGUAGCCAGUUGUAGGUUCUGUACUUGAACCUGAAAUUACUCAAAAA